GAAGAUUUAUGGCACGGUUUAUUUUACGAUAACAAACGCUGGACGGCGCUACAACAGUAUGUUGGCACGGGAGCACCGCCUCCUUUCCGUGUGUCGUUUGCAGUGUGAAAGUUCACAGGGCAAUACAAAGGUCGUGUUGUGUUUUUAGCGAGCUAUGGCUGCCUUAAGUUGGUUUACGUGCAGACAGCUGCCGCGGAUUGCAAAUCAGUUCGCCUGGGUUGUGAAGCACGUCAGGCCUCAGUACCUCGGGGGACUGCCGGUGAGGAGAGUCCACGGGUCGUCGCGGAAAUGGGUGGCUGAGAAGGGGCCAUGGGGCAAGGCUCGGAUGCCAGAGUAUCAUCUUCUGACAGAACUCGAUAAGGCGGAUGCCUUGAUGCUGAAAAAGUCCCACGAAACUGGGUUCCUGUCUUGGUUCCGGAACGGACUCCUGGCCACCGGGAUCGGGGUCAUCGCUUUCGUCCAGAGUGAUGUGGGACGAGAGGCAGGAUAUGCCUUCUUCAUCCUGGGUGGUGUGUGUGUAUCGUUCGGCGGGGCGUCCUACGUGGGCAGCCUGUUUUCGCUGAGGAGGAUGAUGCUUCUUUCCCUGCCUGCGGUGCUGCUGAAUGUUGCUGUGGUGAGCAGCGUCGCCCUCUUCUGGCUGUGUGCGGUAUCUCUCUACAUCGGACGCCUGGAGGUGGAGAUUAUACAUGAGGAGGACGAGGACGAUGACGGAGAGGAGUGUCCAGACUGUCGGGACCGCGCCAACCACUCCCAUGGCAACCGGCACCACGGCAGCAACAAAGGCCAAGACAAGUAGAGAGUGUGAGUGGCAAAGGUGACGAUGUGUGUGUGUGAGUGAGUGAGAGAGAGGACUGAGAGGAAGUGUGUAUGACAUUCAAAGAGAUGGGGGGGAAUAAAGGGGAUCAGUGAAAGGCAUGAUUGAUUUGGAUGGUGGUUGUUUGCUGACCUCUGAUAUUAAUUUGUGUGGUUGGAUGUGUUAAAUUGCUGGGAUAAAGAGUACAUUUUUAGUUCAUAAUAUCAAUGUUAGAUUUUUUUUUUAAAUUGUAGUUUGCACAGAGAGUGCCUCGUUUGAGUUGAUUUACUCCUGAUCAUGUUUACUUUAUGAAUCAAAGUGCCCUGUACAAUUCCCAAGCCAUACUCUGAGCCAGCUCAUGCUGUGUUCACCUAAAUAUGGUUUUGAUUGAUGUAAAAAAAAAAAAAAAAUUAUAUCAGUUUAUUCUAUAUUUAUUACGAAGGAGUACUUGGAUUCUCUGUAGUAAUCCAUGCUGGUGAUGUAGAAUGAGGAGAUGUAGCCCAUGUUGCAGUGUUGAAUGGAUGAACUAGCACUAUGUGAAUUUGCGAUAUAAUGUAUAAAUACUCUAGGUAAGUAAUCAGCAAUGGUCUAUAUUUGUGUAAUCGAUUUUCUCUGUGUGUAAAAGUCUGUGUGUUUUUCUUAUGUAUUUUAGAUUGAAAAGUUUCUUUUAACUCAUAAAGGCUUUGGCUUACAUUUUUUUCCCCCAAAGGGUUUUGUGAUUGAAUAUACUUUUGUCACAAAGCAAAUGACAACAACAACAAAAAAUGGCAAAGUGCUGUAAGUUUUUAAUUAUUUUUAUUUAAACAUGUUCAAUGCAAUCUUGAUAGUGGAUUUCUAUAGAGUAGUUUAGUUUUAACUGUAAAGUAUCGCUAUUUCACACCUUUACUUAAUCGAGGCUUGAAAGCUGCAGCCACAACGUAAUCAAAAUGACCACCCAGAACCUCUUGUCUUUUUGGAGGUAUUUUAGUGAGAAACCAUAACAUUUGUAUAACCCAUGUGUUUGUGUGAGAUGGAUAUUUACAGUGCAUUUGGAAAGUAUUCAGACCCCUUGACUUUUUCCACAUUUUGUUACGUUACAGCCUUAUUCUAAAAUAUAUAUAUAUUUUUAAAUCCCCCUCGUCAAUCUACACAAUACUCCAUAAUAACAAAGCAAAAACAGGUUUUUAGACAUUUUUGCAAAAAAUAGAUAAUUAUUUUACAGAUUUGCAUAAGCGUUCUGACCCUUUACUCAGUACUUUGUUGAAUCACCUUUGGCAGCGAUUACAGCCUCGAGUCUUCUUGGGUAUGACGCUAUAAGCUUGGCACACCUGUAUUUGGGGAGUUUCUCCCAUUCUUCUCUGCAGAUCCUCUCAAGCUCUGUCAGGUUGGAUGGGGAGCGUCGCUGCACAGCUAUUUUCAGGUCUCUCCAGAGAUGUUAGAUCCAGGCUCUGGCUGGCCCACUCAAGGACAUUCGGAGACUUGUCCCGAAGCCACUCCUGCAUUGUCCUGGCUGAGUGCUUAGGGUCGUUGUCCUGUUGGAACCUUUGCCCCAGUCUGAGGUCCUGAGCGCUCUGGAGCAGAUUUUCAUCAAGGAUCUCUCUAGUUUGCUCCUUUCAUCUUUCUGUCGAUCCUGACUAGUCUCCCAGUCCCUGCCGCUGAAAAACAUCCCCACAGCAUGAUGCUGCUUCAUCGUAGGGAUGGUGACAGGUUUCCUCCAGACGUGACGCUUGGCAUUCAGGCCAAAGAGUUCAAUCUUGGUUUCAUCAGGCGAGAAAAUCUUGUUUGUCAUGGUCUGAGAGUCCUUUAGGUGCCUUUUGGCAAACUCCAAGUGAGCUGUUAUGUACCUUUUACUGAGGAGUGGCUUCCGUCUGGCCUGAUUGGUAGAGUGCUGCAGAGUUGGUUAUCCUUCUGGAAGGUUCUCCCAUCUCCACAGAUGAUCUCUGGAGCUCUGUCAGAGUGACCAUCGGGUUCUCGGUCACCUCCCUGACCAAGGCCCUUCUCCCCCGAUUGCUCAGUUUGGCCACUCUUGGUGGUUCCAAACUUCUUACCUUUAAGAAUGAUGGAGGCUAGUGUGUUUUUGGGGACCUUCAAAGCUGCAGACAAUUUUUGUGGUACCCUUCCCCAGGGGCGGCAGGGUAGCCUAGUGGUUAGAGCGUUGGACUAGUAACCGAGCUGACAAGGUACAAAUCUGUCGUUCUGCCCCUGAACAGGCAGUUAACCCACUGUUCCUAGGCCGUCAUUGAAAAUAAGAAUUUGUUCUUAACUGACUUGCCUAGUAAAAUAAAGGUAAAAUUAAAAUAAAAAAUUAAAAGAUCUUUGCUUCGACACAAUCCUGUCUCGAAGCUCUAUGGACAAUUCCUUCGACUUCAUGGCUUGGUUUUUGCUCUUACAUGCACUGCCAACUGUGACCUUAUAUAGACAGGUGUGUGCCUUUCCAAUCAAUUUAAUUGACCACAGAUGGACUCCCAUCAAGUCGUAGAAACAUCUCAAGGAUGAUCAAUGGAAACAUGAUGCACCUGAGCUGAAUUUUGAGUCUCGUAGCAAAGGGUAUGAAUACUUAUGAAAAUAAUUGUUUUCAGGUUUUUUUGGGGGUUUUUUGCACAAAAAAAAUGUGAACUGUUUUUGCAUUGUUAUAUUAUGUGUAGAUUGACGAGAAAAUGUUAGCAUUUAUCCAUUUUAGAAUCAGGCUGUAACGUAACAAAAUGUGGAGAAAAGUCAUCAGGUUUGAAUACUUUACGAAUGCACUGUAGGUAUGGUUAUCCUCUAGCCUGAUCCACCAUCCUGACCUGACCGCUGCGCUACAGAGCAUUAGCAUGCGAGACCUGGAUGAACGCAGCGAGUUAGUCGCUAGAGAUAAUCUGUAUGGAGUUGCAGUGUGAUGUAUUUGAUUUCUGCAUGGCCUUCAGUACAACUUACUGUAUAUCAUUAGACUUCAUGUAUGAAUAUGUACAUAAACACAGUUACAAAAUCAAA